AUGGCCAUCCUAAUCAGGGACGCUCAAGACCUUCAGAACAGGCUCGCUGAGGCCGGAGAUAAGUUAGUCGUCAUCGACUUCAAGGCAACCUGGUGCGGUCCCUGCAAGAUCAUUGGACCCAAACUCGAUGAACUAGCUAACGAGCACGUUGACUCAGUUGUCGUUCUUAAGGUUGACGUAGACGACUGUGAAGACAUUGCCGCAGACUACGACAUCAGCGCAAUGCCCACCUUUGUAUUCAUCAAGAACGGACAAAAAUUAGAAGAGUUCUCUGGAGCUAACUACGACAAAUUAAAGAACACUCUCCUCAAGCAUAAG